AUGGUCAAGCGCGAAUAUCCCACUGAUGCCAAGUUGUGGGCCAACGACAUGACCAAGAACACCCUCACUACCAACAAGCUGUUGGCUCAAUUGUCUACCCUUAGCAACACUGAGUCUCGCCAGACUAACCUGACUAUCCAAGUCAAGACCACUAGCACCAAGACAGACAACAAGACUGACAGCAACAAAUCCGGCACCAACACC